AUGGCUUUAGUAGCUUAUUCCGACUCAGAGGGCUCUGACGCCGAGCCAGACACCACCCCAGCCCCGGUGGUCGAAAAGCCCAAGAAGUCUGAUACUGGCGCUGGCUUUCAGAUCGAUCGCAGCAACCCGCGCAAGAUCCGCGUCGCCCUCCCGGAGCUCAAGCCCGAACACCCCGCGGACCAGGAUACUGAUGGCCCUGCGCGGAAAAAGGCCCGGCUAGGUGCAGGAUCAGGCGGGGCAUUCUCGGGAUUCAACUCGUUCUUACCUGCUCCGAAACGUACUGCAGAAAAGAAGGGCCCUGUCGCCACAACUCGCAAAAUAUUCAGCCUGAAGACUGGCGCCACCCCAGGUUUUGACCGGGAAGCCGAUGCCGAGUUCAAGCUCGACCUCGCAUCAAAUACGACUGCCGAAGCAGAUGACGCAGGUGAAGACAUCCCAGCAGCCGGCAGUCUGGGGCAAACCGCAACCGACACAGACUCGGGAGCGUUUCAAAAGACUGAAAUUGGGGAGGUGAAGCUACAGGGUAACCCCAUAAUGUUCAGGCCAUUGUCUGUGGGACGAAUGCAGAAGAAAAAGAAGACCACCAAAGCAGCAGAAUCGGCUUCAAAAUCGACCCCAGUCAACCUUCAACCUACAGAAACGCCGGCCACAGCGGCCCCUCCACCACCGAAACCCAAAGUCAGCCUCUUCUCUCUAUCGUCAGAGGAAUCUGCUUCCCGAGCAGACCUGCAGCCAGCCGCAGCAGGCACCUACGAGCCUUUGGUAUACACCACUGAACCCGAGGCCGGGCCAGCCCCGGCACCAGAACCCGCACAGGACGUUUCCUACUCCAAUUCUACCACAGCACCAUCGCACUCGCUAGACAACAUCGCCAAUGAUUUAAAUCUAUCCAAAGGAGAACGGCGCCAACUCUUUGGCCGUAACGCUCCGCCUAUGGACUCGCGCAUUCUUACAUUCAAUACGGAUAAGGAGUAUGCCCAUAACCAGGCACUGGCACACACUGAGCUGGCCGGUACACAGCACCAACCCGUGCGUACUAUCAACACGGCGGGCAAGCACAGUUUGCAGCAGCUGGUCAAUGCGGCAACUUCUCAGAAAGAGGCCUUGGAGGAGAAUUUUGCCACUGGAAAAAGGAACAAGAAGGAAGCUGGGUCGAAGUAUGGUUGGUAG